AUGAAUCCUGUUUAUGGUUCUCUCACAAGAUGUAACGAUCAGACAAUGCAAGCCCUGGAAGACUACAAAAUCAGCCCUGUCACUGGGUGUCUACUUGGACAACCAACAACACCGCCACCAUCUCUUCUGCCGUUUAGAAGGCUUCUGGAACAUUCGCAUGAACUACUCAACUCCGGUAAACUUCGGGAAUCCAUUGAAAAGUUGCCAACACUGGAUAUGGCUCAGCUGAAGAGCCACGAGGAAAAGCGCUUAGCCCACAAAAUUUUAGCCUUCCUGGCGGCCCAGUAUGUGUGGCAAAAUGGUGAUAGGAAUCCAGCCGAGAUUCUGCCUGCUGUUAUUGCAAUGCCAUUAAUUGAGGUAUCCAUCGAAUUGGGUUGCCAACCGUUGCUUGGACACAUUGACCUAGUCCUUUCAAACUGCUUUCCCGAAAAAACACAGCUGCUUCAGCGACAGGUCUUUUUUACCGAAUUCAUCCCUUCUGACCAACCUAACUGGUUGCCCUUCAUCGAAGUAACCGCUGACAUUGAAUUAUCCUUCUGCGAUGGUGCAAAGAUCAUGAUGCACAUUAUCAAUUCAGUGCAGAAGAAUAACACCAAAACGGCAGUCGAAUGUCUCAUUAAAUUGGGUGAUGUGAUCUCCAUCAUGCGACAACAAUUACUACUGCUUUUGAACACACACCAAUUCAUCCCCGAUGGCUGUGCUUUGAGUGGGCUUGGUGGACUGCAGAUGCAACAGCUCUUCAUGAAUUCCUUGAUUAAGAUCCACCUAUUCUAUACUAUGCAACUUGCUUGCGUAGACGAAGAACUUUUUCUUGAAAAGGAGCCGGGACUGCACUUUAUUACGCUCAAAACGCUUCUCACCCAUUUAUAUAGUGCUUUUGCUCACCUUUUGAUAGAGGAAUUGGAUCCCAAGGCUUUCUACUGUGAAAUGCGACCCUUUCUUUCCGGAUGGUCGCAUGGAAAGAUCUCCAAGGGUCUGGUGUACGAGGGUGUGCCAGACAGUGUGCUUACAGGCGCCGAAACUGGUGAUCUUAGCGGCGAAACGAUCCCCAAGAAACGGGUCUACCUGGGUGCCAGUGCCGGUCAGUCCAUCAGUCUCCAGUCUUUUGAUGCCUUUCUUGGAAUUGAACACUUUAAGGACGUAGAAAAAUUUUUCGCGGACCUUCGCAAAUACAUGAUCCUCGAGCAUCGUCACUUUAUUGAAGAUUUGAAGCAACAUGUUCAUCUGCGAGACUUUGUGGAAAGAAGCUCCUCGAAGGAACUGAAGACAGCCUAUAAUUCUUGUGUAAAUGAAUUGCUCCUUUUCAGGAAGGAUCAUCUCCUAAUUGUGGAAAAGUUCAUUAUUGCGCCAUCAAAAAUGUAUGCUGCCAAAGUGGAAAGUCUGAAAUCACAGGGAACCGGAGGAACAGCUUUAGACCAGUUUUUGGAAAGCGUAAUCGCGAGAACGGAGGCGGCUCUCAUCCAAUGCUGA